AUGGGGAAACGGCAACAUCAGAAAGAUAAAAUGUACCUCACUUACACUGAAUGGACAACAUUAUAUGGUGGUAAAAGAUCAGGUACAGCCGUUGAGGAGGACUCAUCGUUUAAGCGCCUCCCGUUUGAUCAUUGCUGCCUCUGUUUACAUACAUUUGAUAAUCCCUAUUGCGACGCUGACGGAAAUAUAUUCGAAUUGAAAGCUUUGACGGACUUCAUCAAAAAGUUCAAAAUCAACCCAGUUACGGGGAAGAAAAUAGACGUUGCAAGUUUAAUAAAGCUCAAUUUCACAAAAAAUGCCGAAGAUUCCUACCAUUGUCCAGUUUUAUUCAAACCGUUCACUAAGAAUUCACAUAUUGUGGCGAUUAGGACAACGGGUAAUGUGUACUGCUAUGAGGCAGUUGAACAGCUUAACAUUAAGGGCAAGAACUGGAAGGAUCUCCUCAAUGAUACUCCAUUCACAAGAAGCGAUAUCAUAACAAUACAAGAUCCAAACAAUUUGAAAAAAUUCAACAUAUCCACAUUUCAUCAUAUAAAAAACAAUUUGAGAGUGGAAACAGAAGAGGAGAUUGCACUCCGUAAAGAUCCACAUGCAAGAUUAAAAACUGUAUCGGCUGAAACAAAGGACAUUUUACAAGAACUGGAAAAAGAGUACAAAGCUCCGGAAACUAAAGAAGUUAAAAAAGAGGUAGCCGACAAAUUCAAUGCAGCACACUACUCAACAGGAAUGGUGGCCGCUAGCUUCACAUCUACAGCCAUGGCACCAGAAACUGUUCAUGAAGCAGCCGUCAUAUGUGAGGAUGAAGUAAAAUAUGAUAGGGUUAAGAAAAAAGGAUAUGUACGUUUAGUAACAAACUUAGGUCAACUAAACUUCGAACUGUACUGUGAUUUGACACCUAAGGCGUGUGAUAACUUCAUAAAACAUUGUCUGAGUGGUUACUACAACGGUACAAAGUUUCAUAGGUCAAUAAGGAAUUUUAUGAUCCAAGGUGGUGAUCCAACGGGAACUGGUUUAGGCGGUGAAUCAAUAUGGAAGAAGCCAUUUGAAGAUGAAAUUAGACCAAACUUGCACCACACUGGCCGAGGCAUACUUUCCAUGGCUAAUUCUGGACCUAACACAAAUGGAUCGCAAUUUUUCAUAACAUUCCGUUCCUGUAAACAGUUAGAUGGCAAACACACAAUAUUCGGUAAACUGGUUGGUGGUAUUGAUACACUUACAGCCAUGGAACAGAUUGAGGUUGAUAACCGUGACAGACCUAUAGAAGAUAUUGUUAUAGAAGUUGCCCAGGUGUUUGUUGACCCAUUUGCUGAGGCCGAAGAACAGCUUGCUGCAGAAAGAGCUGCGGAAUCUAAAAAGCAAGCAGAGGCAGAAGGAUCUGGAGUUAAACCAAAAAAGGCAUCAGCAAAACCUCUUAAAGUGUUCAGGAGUGGAGUCGGAAAAUAUUUAAAUUUACAAGAAUCAUCCGCUACCACUAAAACUACAAAAAGUCAAGAGGUCCCCGCAAAGAAACCCAAGAAAGAUGCCAAUUAUAACUUUGGUGCAUUUGAUUCAUGGUAG